AUGAUAAAAGUCCGCUGGCUGAAAGCUGAAUCCCCUCCGGACGACACACAGGAUAUAGCUGCAUGCCUGAAGGGGCCUGAACUUGUUGCUUACACCCGACGAGGUUACUGGGCAGAAAAUGAUCUGUGUUUCCUCAGAUGCAUGUCCCUGUCCUCACUGACUCGCUGGUCAGAACAGGGUCCAGGUGUGUCGGCACAUAGAGACGUGAGGUCAGAACAGGGUCCAGGUGUGUCGGCACAUAAAGACGUGAGGUCAGAACAGGGUCCAGGUGUGUCGGCACAUAGAGACGUGAGGUCAGAACAGGGUCCAGGUGUGUCGGCACAUAAAGACGUGAGGUCAGAACAGGGUCCAGGUGUGUCGGCACAUAGAGACGUGAGGUCAGAACAGGGUCCAGGUGUGUCGGCACAUAAAGACGUGAGGUCAGAACAGGGUCCAGGUGUGUCGGCACAUAGAGACGUGAGGUCAGAACAGGGUCCAGGUGUGUCGGCACAUAAAGACGUGAGGUCAGAACAGGGUCCAGGUGUGUCGGCACAUAGAGACGUGAGGUCAGAACAGGGUCCAGGUGUGUCGGCACAUAAAGACGUGAGGUCAGAACAGGGUCCAGGUGUGUCGGCACAUAGAGACGUGAGGUCAGAACAGGGUCCAGGUGUGUCGGCACAUAGAGACGUGAGGUCAGAACAGGGUCCAGGUGUGUCGGCACAUAGAGACGUGAGGUCAGAACAGGGUCCAGGUGUGUCGGCACAUAAAGACGUGAGGUCAGAACAGGGUCCAGGUGUGUCGGCACAUAGAGACGUGAGGUCAGAACAGGGUCCAGGUGUGUCGGCACAUAAAGACGUGAGGUCAGAACAGGGUCCAGGUGUGUCGGCACAUAGAGACGUGAGGUCAGAACAGGGUCCAGGUGUGUCGGCACAUAAAGACGUGAGGUCAGAGGUCUCAGGAGUUCUGGGAACCAGAUGUUCUCCUAACAAAGUGUUCUGUCCUCAGGAGGAAGUAGACGCCGCCUCCUCCAGGCUGAGCCCCGCCUUCUCUUCUCACCUGCACGAGGCUGAACAGCGAACCAGAACGCGCAGACAGUUGCACGAGCUGCAGCUGCAGCUGGAGCUGCUGAGGCAGGAGAAGGAGAGCGCCGACGUCGCGCACGGAUUCUACCUCGCUCGGCGUUUCCAGAUGAUGCAGAUGUUCUGCGGCCACCUGCAGGACCUGCUGAAGGAGCAGACCGGCCUGAGGCAGAGGCUGAUGAGACCGCUGGGCCGCGCCAACCUGCCCGUCCAGGCUGACCUGCACAGGUUUGUGCUGGACGCUGUGAAGAUGCUGCUGGACUUCAUAGAGACUCUGGAGGAGAAGCUGAGCUCGGUCCGCAGCCGUCCCGCCGCCGGAGACCGCCUCGCUCAGCUGGACACCUCUCUCGCCCAGUUACUGGCUCAGGUGGCGGAGGUGGAGAGUUUGUCCAAUCAGCUUCUCCAGUGGAAGGAAGUCAGCGGCAGCAGGCUGAGUGACAGCUCUGCAGGAUGACCCCUCCCCCCUCCUGACGGACAGGACGCUGCGUGUUUACUGCAGUUGUUGUUGUUAUUAUUAUUAUUAUGUGACAUGAUGUUUGUUUUGUAAUAAAAUCAGAUGCUGGUA